AUGACAAUCCAUUCAGUCAGGCAGUUCGUAGCAGCUCGCGAAAUUAAACCUAAGUACAACGGAAAUAUGCCAACCAGCAUGAGCAGUUCGUUGGAUAUCCUGGCGCGGCCGUACAUCCCGGCGGAUCCUCUCCAAUCACCUCGACUGGCGCAACGUAUUUCGAUGCUGUUGCAGAUGCUGCUGGACUUGUUGAUAAUCUUCGCCUGCAGCAUCCCCCUCUGGAUCGAACUGGUUGUGGAGAUCUUUUCUCCGCCUCCACCGAAGAAUAUCAGUGGCCAAACUGCGCUGGUGACCGGCGGAGCUAACGGCAUCGGGAAAGCGAUUGCAACCGAACUUGCCAAAGAGGGCUGCAAUGUGAUCAUCGUUGAUUUGGAUCAAACCAACGGAGAGAAAACUGCCCUCGAACUGAGACGGUACAACGUGACGACGGUUGCAUACAAGUUCGAUGUCGCCGAGUACGAACAGGUCCGGCAGCUGUAUCGGGUCGUCGAGCGGGAUUUCGGUCCGGUGGACAUUCUGGUUAACAAUGCAGGUAUUCUUCCGUUUCUGUCUUCGGAAGAGAAUCAUCCUUCGGGCAUUAAACGGAUGAUGGACGUGAAUGUGUUGGCCGGAUUUUGGACCGUUGAACAGUUUCUACCGAACAUGGUUCGGCGCCGGAAGGGUCACAUCGUUGCUAUCGCAUCCGCUUCCGCUUACACUCCCGUGGGAUGGAUGAGAACCUACGUAACAUCCAAGUAUGCCGUGCGCGGUUACAUGGAAGCCUUGGACGAAGAGCUGUACCUGAAGGGCCAAUCGAGUUACGUCAAGACAACUACGGUGUUUCCGUUCAUCAUCAACACCCGGAAGCAACUGAUGGAGCGAAUGGGUCACACGUCGGGAGUUUCGUCCCUGCCGAAGUUUUCACCCGAACAGACGGCCCGCACGGUCGUCAAAGCCAUCAGAACUAACAAACGGAAGGUUGUCGUGCCGGAAAGUCUAAAGGCUUGGCAGUUGAAUUUGUAUGAGCACAUUCCAAUUAAAAUUCGUCGAAUGAUGGAUUUGACGGUGAUGAAAGGAAGACCGAUUGUGUUGGAUUAAGCGCUAAUUGAUAGUUGCAUAUACAAUAAGUAGUGUAAGAAAUAAAAAUAUAUCUAGCA